AGGCAGCCAAAGAAACUCUGUCAAUCAAAUUCAACGUCCAUAGAUCAAGUUUUGCUCGUGCUGGCACGCACAUGCACAGACACGGGCACGGCUGAUGAGCGGCGAUGGAUAGCUCUGCCGGUUCUGCCGAAACAGAGGACGAAGCGGAGGACCCAUCUCGGACUCGGGAUGAGGAUGAGGAUGAGGAUGAUGAUGACAACGAUGUGGAGCAAUCAACCGAUUCAAUGCAACAUGGGCGUCGACGCCGGAACUACUGGCUCAGCCUGUAUGGCUUUGAGGCCGCCGAGGCCGUCCGCAUCUUGUACAUCUUCAUGCGCUUCUGCCAUCUAACCGCCAUCAAUCGGCUGCCGAACGGCAUCGAGCUGAGAUUCGGCACAUCGGAGCACCUCCAACGGGCCCGUCUGCUCGCCCAGCGGCUCGUGGUGAGCCAAUUCCAGCUGAGGUGGCGUAUGGGUCGCCUGCCACACCUCGAUCACCAGCAAGGGGGUGAGGAGAGGGGAGGGAGCUUGGAAAGGGAGAGCUUAAGCUUAAUGGGUAGGCUGCGUCGGGCAUUUGUCAACUACUUUCAGAGCAUGUCACGAUAGUCAAUGGCUUCUACGAUCGAUGGGUGCUUAAUAAAGUUUGGUGAUAUUU